UACAACAAAAAAACGAUAAUUAUCAUGAUAUCUCGAUAACAACCUUUACCGAAAUUAAUAUUUGGGGACUAUCUCGAAUAAUUUGUUCAAGCUUUUGUCCCCUUAGCCCUCAACACUUCAAACAAAACCCAUAUCAAAUUCAUCGAAUCCAAUUUGUUCAUCAUCACAUCGAUCAAUUGCAUACACCGUGAAAGCUUUUGGUGUUGGUGAUUUUGAUUUUACGGGAGCAGAUCGUAUAUAUAUCUACUAGAAUCAACCAUGUUUACGCGAAUUUUCGGAAAACCUAAGCAAGAAGCUAACGCUGUAGCAACAUUAGAUAGAUUAAAUGAGACACUUGAAAUGCUUGAGAAAAAAGAGAAAGUGCUUUUAAAGAAAGCUGCUGCAGAGGUGGAAAAGGCCAAAGAAUUUACUAGAGCUAAGAACAAAAGGGCUGCAAUACAAUGUUUAAAGAGGAAAAGGCUCUAUGAACAACAAAUUGAACAACUUGGAAACUUCCAGCUACGUAUUCACGAUCAGAUGAUUAUGCUUGAAGGUGCAAAAGCCACCACAGAAACUGUUGAUGCUUUGAGAACCGGUGCUUCAGCCAUGAAAGCCAUGCAGAAAUCAACGAACAUUGAUGAUGUUGACAAGACAAUGGAUGAGAUAAAUGAGCAAACUGAGAACAUGAAACAAAUCCAAGAGGCAUUGUCAGCACCCAUUGGUGCAGCUGCUGAUUUUGAUGAGGAUGAAUUGGAAGCUGAGUUGGAAGAACUUGAAGGAGCAGAGCUAGAGGAACAGCUUCUCCAACCAGCCACCACCGCCCCCGCCGCUCCGAAAUGGCACUUUAAAACAAAAAGAUGGAGGGGAGUGGAGAUGAUGCAUAUAAAUGAAGAAAGUGAGGAAAUGAUGAAAAGUUUGGUUGAACUUUAUCUCUUGUACAUUUGUGAUAUUAAACUUGAAUAACAUGUUUGAAUUUGGAACUUGGGAAAAGAUCGAUUACAUGGAUUCAAAGCGGUGCAUGUUACUUGGUAUAUGAAAUUGAAAUUCUACAUCUUUUUUAGGUUACUUGUUUCAUUGUUUUAACAUGGGCAUUAGAAGUAAUUAGGUGAUAAUGUGAUGAGAUGCUUGGUUUUUUAAUGGAGGCAUUCAAAUAAAGUGUGGAAAAUUAAAAUAAAAAUUUUCUAUAGUGGCAUUCACUAAUAAACGCCAUUUCAAAGACGUGAAACUCUAUAUGCACAUGUUCUUCAUAGCAACGAUCACAACAAUAAAUGGUGAAUGGAGUUGAAGAAUAUCAUCGUCUCUAUAAAAUGUACAUAAAACUUCUUCGAAUGUAGAUAGAUUAAUUUUAGAGGCAUGUAUUGGCUUCUCAUACGGUUAUAUUUGUCUCUUGCAAAUCUCAACUUUAUUUUAAUUUUUGUUUAUCAGCAUACGAUUGGUCUGUUGGUUUGUGUAAUUUGAAUACCUGUGUAUGAAUCAAUAGACAUGAUUUGACAAAUAAAAACUGAUUUUAUUUUUGGG